ACGUGACUAAAUGGGGCAGUCCGUCUUCAGGCUCUGAAAAAAAAAAAGCCAUUUUGUGGCGUCCUACUAUACAACGCGAAAAGCACUCUUUCUAUUCCGGAUUUUCGCACAUCAAAACGGCAGGUUUUUCUGCAAAACCAGUGUUCAUUUAUGUUACAGGUAAAGGUAGAGGGUUCGUUAAAAUAACCAUAAAUGUGGGCAAAUGCAGGAACAGAAGACACAGCACACGACUGCAGAUCCCCCAAGCUGGAGAAAAUGCACAGAACAACUCGGAUUAAAAUCACCGAGCUCAAUCCGCACCUAAUGUGUGCUCUCUGUGGGGGCUACUUCAUUGACGCCACGACCAUAGUGGAGUGCUUACACUCUUUUUGUAAGACCUGCAUAGUUGGCUACCUGGAAACAAACAAGUACUGUCCAAUGUGCGAUGUACAGGUUCACAAAACCCGACCUCUCCUCAGCAUCAGAUCGGACAAAACCUUGCAAGACAUAGUAUAUAAGCUGGUCCCUGGGCUAUUUAAAGAUGAGAUGAAGAGGAGGAGGGACUUCUAUGCCGCUAACCCCACAGCAGAUGCUUCUAAUGGCUCAAAUGAGGACAGGGGCGAGGUUCAGGAGGAGGAGAAGAGGAUUAUCACAGACGAUGAAAUUAUUAGCCUUUCGAUAGAGUUUCAUGAGGGCAAAAAAAAUGAAAAGAAAUCAGCAGCAGAAAUAAAUGAGACGGAAAAAGAAAGGGUGAAUAGCAAACGGUUUCUUCGAUGUCCAGCUGCUAUGACAGUAAUGCACCUUGCAAAGUUCCUUCGUAGUAAGAUGGAUAUUCCUAGCACUUACAGAAUUGAGGUCUUGUAUGAAGAUGAGCCAUUGAAAGACUACUACACACUAAUGGACAUUGCCUACAUCUACACUUGGAGACGGAAUGGCCCACUACCACUUAAGUACAGAGUUCAGCCUACUUGCAAGCGAAUCAAACUCUCCAGGCAGCCUGCCACCAACUCAGAUGGCAUGAACACCAGUGCCAACUCAGAGAGUGAUUCAGUCAGUGACAAAGCAAACAGCCCAGCUACUAUGCCAUCCACAUCCUCUCCGCUGCCCAGCCCUGGGCUCCACCGGACAUCACCCAGUCCCCACCACAGUACACCUCCUCUUCCAGUUUCUGCACCAGCGCCAAACAACACCACUAACAGCACACCGCCUCUGCUCAAUGGCUCCUUGAACUGCCGCCAGCUGUCACCUUCCACAGGCCGUGGGCGUAAAAUGACUGUCAGCACUGGUGGGACAACCACAGCAGUAACAUCACCUCUCACCUAAGACAUCUGCCCGGAGUGGUGGGGAAAAUGUUGUUGGAUUGUAUCAUAUACUACUUGGAUCAUUUUUAAUUCAAUGCCGGCUUUCUUCUCUUCUAAUUUAAAUGGACUGACUGGAAGGAGAAGUGUAUCGCUUUGCUUUUCUGUUUGCUAAUAGUUGUUUUUUUUUUCUUUUGGGUUUUUCUCCUAUUAAAAAAGGAAGUGCAGAGUGGGAUAUUAAGUACCACAGUGUGAGUGGUAUGUUGUAUGCGGUCAAAACAUCCCACAUGUCACAGGUUCAUCACUUGUGAUGUGAAUGCUGUGCCUUUUGCAACUGGUGUGAAGGUAAAAGGAGGAAACCCUGUGAAGGGGCCAUACUGCUUGACUCAUCCUUGCCUUCCACAAGUUUGCUCAGAGCUAACUCUUCAGAACAGGUGUAGAAUGGAGAAUCUGUGCUAAAGGAAGCGUUUAACACUGUGGCAUCAUAAAGAAAGACUGUGAUCAAUCUUUAAAACGUCAGCAACAUUUCUGUAUCCCAAGGGAGUAUGUUUGUGCAGCACUGUGCAUCUCAAGAUGUUGGCUUGUGUUCAUCCAUCUAGGUAU